UAAUGUCGGAAAGUAUAUCUCAUUGAUGCUUUUUUCCUGAGGAAAGUUUAGAUUUUUUAUUUCUUUCUUGAGAAAUCUCUAACUCUGUUUUUUUUUUUAUUUGUUUCGUUCACUUUGUUCUCAUGUAGAUUUUCAGACGGAUUACCUUAUUGCAUGUGCCUAUACAGAAACUGAGAUUUGGUGUCCGAGUUGGUUUCUUUGCUCAUCUCUGUUUCUUGUCAAAAGGAACACAAGAACGGUUGGCUCAGUAAAUAGAUUAUGGAACAUGAUUUACCGUCUGUUAAAUCAUGGAAAUCACUUGUCAAGAGAAGAAACAACCCUCAAGAUGGUGGUAAAUUAUCGUGGAAGAUGAAACCGUUUAUGGCUCUCAUGUGUACAGUUCUUUUGAUCUUUUGGUAUAAGACCACAAAUAUACAGUAUGAACAGACACAGUUUGAAGAAUCAGAUUAUCCCUUUGAGAUGGCAAAGGAAUCUGAACCGGUGAGUGAGAAGUUGAAAGGCUUACCUUAUGGUAUCAUACAGCCUAGAUCAGAUUUGGAAUUAAAACCACUUUGGUCAAGUAAUACUCUGAGGUCAAAGGGAGGCAAGUUGACGAACCGUAACUUGUUGGCAAUUCCCGUAGGACUUAAGCAAAAGGACAAUGUCGACGCUCUUGUACAGAAGUUUCUUCCUGCGAAUUUCACUGUGAUACUAUUUCAUUACGAUGGAAACAUGGAUCAGUGGUGGGAUCUGGAGUGGAGCUCUAAAGCCAUACACAUUGUUGCGCAUAACCAAACCAAAUGGUGGUUUGCGAAACGGUUUCUGCAUCCUGAUAUAGUCUCUAUUUACGAUUAUGUUUUCCUUUGGGAUGAAGAUCUUGGAGUGGAGAACUUCAACCCGCAAAAAUACUUGAGGAUAGUUAAAGCAGCAGGACUUGAGAUAUCUCAACCGGCUUUACAUCCAAACUCAACCGAAGUUCACCAUAGGAUUACAGUCCGGUCUAGAACAAAAGUAUUCCAUAGACGAGUGUAUGAUAGUAGAGGCAAUAUGAAGUGCUCAAAUGCUAGUGAAGGGCCUCCGUGCACCGGAUUUGUUGAAGGAAUGGCUCCAGUGUUUUCAAGGUCUGCUUGGUUUUGCACUUGGAAUCUUAUACAAAAUGAUCUGGUUCAUGGAUGGGGAAUGGAUAUGAAACUUGGCUACUGUGCUCAGGGUGACCGUAGCAAGAAAGUUGGGAUAGUGGACAGUGAAUAUAUCUUCCAUCAAGGCAUUCAAACUCUAGGUGGAAGUGGUUAUCCCGACAAGAAGAACUCAGCUCGUAGUGGAGUCAGUAGAAGACGCGGUUCUCCCACUUUUGAUUCAAGAACAGAGAUACGGAGGCAGUCAACAUGGGAGCUUCAGACUUUUAAAGAACGAUGGAACAGAGCGGUUGAGGAAGACAAGAACUGGGUCGACCGGUCUUUAUCGACAAGGAACCGUAUCAGCAAUAACCGGAGGUUUAAACGGAGUAGUGUUAUUUCAAGUUUAUUGCAGAGGCAAGCUGAAGAGACUACGAAAUAAACACAUACAGUUUUGUAAUCGGAUCAGAUUAAAUAUAGGAAAUGAUUUUAAAUAUAUGUUAAUAUUUAAUCCAUACAGUCAAUUUUGAUUAGUGUAGUUUUCAGAUUUUCUUUAGAUGUGGCACAUUUUCUCUUUAUCUUUAUAGUUGAUUAAUAAUUCCCA